ACAAUAAAAGGUGGAAGUAAUAAGGUAGUUUGAAAGAUAAUUGGCGUUCAUUCAAUGAUUUAACUCAGAAGUUGGUAGUUCGCCUUUUUAAAAUUUUCGUCAAGAUAAACCAUGUCCGAUAACUACAGUGAUGACAAUGAUAGUUUAAAUUUAACUGUAAAAGAACGUAUCGAAAAAUUUUCCAAAGAACAUAAUUUUACAGUUAAUGAAACAUCUUUGAAGUUUCAACGACUUAUAUCUAUUUUUGAAAAAGAAGAAUCGGAAACAAAAUUUAAAUCUCUGUCACAGAGACGGUUGAAGACAGCGACCACGAAGGCGGCAGAGGUGACGAGAAAAGCCGAGCGAUCUGACGGAGUGGACGAAGCGGAAGAUGCGGAUGAAGCGGAUGUAUCAUCGACGGACGGUUCGGAACGGUCAGAUCACAGGCCAGCCCAAGGAGUUGCCGUCCCAAGUGGCCGGACUUCCUCGACUAGCGCAGCGUACACGUCCACCGUGUCCGUUACGAACCACGGCGGCGGUUGGAUAGGACAUCCGGAGCGGAACCUAUUGUUUGUCAUUCACCCGUGGUGCAUGUUACACAAGUCGGGUGUGGACAGGCAGUCGGAAUUUCCGCCACCUGGAUUUCUGGAACGCCUCAAAGCCAAGCUAAUGGCCCUGCACUGCCAGUCGGACGAGCAGCAGCGGCACAGCCCGUCCACGGCCACGGUGGUCAGGCGGCGCCGACACACCCACCAGAGGAUCAAGUGUUGGUUCCAGUACACGGCGACUGCGCUGGGCGACGGAGGGUCGACCGCCAUGACGACUGUCCACGCCGCUUAUCCACGAAACGAACCGGCGUCGGUGGUCGAUUUCCUGUCCGUCUGGCAGCGUUGCGCCAAUAGCGUCGCAGCUGCUUGCAGGGCGGCUGACCGCGACUGAUAGUAUUUUUAAGUAUAAUUAUAUUAUGUUUAUACAUAUUAUACUUUUGAAUUUAUUAUAAAUUAUAAUAUAAUAUAUUGUAGUCUGGAUCUGAUACCUAUUAUACAUUAUUUAGGUACACACAUAGGUGGUUCACAUCGUAUAUACAGGCGGGGCUGGGUGAAUAGGUGACCAUUAAGUCCCAAAUAAUUGGGUAAAUAUUAUUUACCGGUAAACUGAGUACGAAAAUCUUAAACAUCUUAAGUAAAUUGAGUCCAAGAAUAAUAUAAUUUCAUUUUCUAAAAAUACUUUAUAAAUAUAAAAAGUAAAAUUGUCUACAUUCUGGAAAACCCAAUUAGUAAUUAUCGAUUUUUCAAUGGAAUGUUUAAUAAUUCUCAUCCAAACAUCUAUAGUUUUAUUGAUAUACAUGCAAAUAUGUAACAAAUAGAUUAUUAUAAAAAAAAAAAAAGAUAACUUUAGAAAAAGACAUUUAUUUUGAGACAAGAAAUGGUGAAAUGGUGAAAAUAAAAAUAUUUUAUGACUUGAAUUUGUUGAACUCAUUUAAUAUACAUUUUUACCCUGUUCCUGUACAUAAUAAAAAUAGUGAUAAAA